AUGGAACUGAAAAUGAAAAUUUGGCCAAAUGCUUAUCAGCGCCUAUCUGCAAUUCAAUGGGCUAGGAUUGCGAUUCUUGUGUUAAAUAUUGGAUUCGCAACUCAAAGCCCCACUCAGCAAGUGAUGCGUCGAGAUCCACCACCGCCUGCCGGUCCUAAACCUGUAAUGGGUUGGAACUCUUUCUGGCCUAUUGGAUGUGGCAAACACGUAAAUCAGGGCGAUCUGCAAAAGCAAGCAGACUUACUGGCCCAGACGGGGCUUAACACUGCGGGAUACUCCACUUUCGUAGUCGAAUGUGCAUGGGAAGACUGGGCCAACAAAGAUGGUACACCAAACACCAAGAAAAGCACUUUCCACGAUGGGAUAGGGCCCUUUGUUGAUUAUUUGAAAUCUAAGGGCCUCAACCUGGGUUUUGGUACAUGGGCAGGAGGUCAGCUGUGCAAAAGAGAUCCCCACGAAAAAUUUCACGGCGGCGAUGUUCCAAAGAACCUCAAAGCGUACGUUGCGAAACUGGUUGAAUGGGGUGUGACCUACCUUUCGCAUAGGCCUUGCGACUUGGCAUCACCCGACAGGUUGCAGUAUCCAGACCAAGCCUCGCCAUUAAACGCUCGUUACGUUCAAAUGGAAGAUGCGAUACGUGAUGCUGGUGUUAAACUAUUCUAUGCCACCUCGCAAUGGGGAGCUUCUCCAGAGGCCUCAAACCAACUAAGAGCCAAUAGUUGGAGAAUAGCAGAUGAUACCCGAGAUAAUUGGAAUUCUUUCAUCAGGACUCUCAACGCAGCCGUGCCAUAUGCCCCGAAAACACGACCAGGAUCGUACAGCGACCUUGGAUUUCUGCAAUUGGGGGAAAAUAAGUUAAUUUCGCCUGAAAUGCUAACCCAGUUUGCUUUUUGGGCCGCAGCAAAAUCUCCCUUAAUUUUCUCUUCUGACCUGUCCAAGGUUCACCCAGACUUCAUUGAGGUACUUAAAAACCCCGGGGUAAUUGCGAUUAACCAAGACAAUCUAGGCAAAAGUAUUACCUUGAGGCGUCGAUACUCCGAUGAUAAAGAUGUAUGGAGCGGGCCCUUAAGUGAUGGUAGCACGGUUGCAGUUAUCGUCAACUGGGAAGAUCACACUUCACUCAAGCACAUUGAUCUCGCAGACAUGGGUUUCUCAUCUGCACACUUAUACGAUGUAUGGCAUGGGAAGGAUUUAGGACCUGUGAAUGGCACCUAUAGUUCUCAUGUUGGUGGGCAUGGAUGCUUGUUCCUAAAGCUAACUGAAACCAAGCCAGCUCCCAAAAUAAAUUUCAAGCGCUUCCCAGCUGAAACAGCUGACGUGAUGGGUUCAGCAAGGUUGAAAGACGUUACUCCUAAAAUCAAAGCGGUGUCUAGGAUUAGCCCGAAUGGGGGCGGUGGAGUUCGCUGGACCAUUCCUGACAUACAAACGAAGGGAGAUGUUCUAUUCAGCAUUGACUUUAUUAACGCUCAGCUCGCGACCGGAGACGAAGAUGAUUCAAAAUUGAAUUUUAAACGCACUGUCAUCACAGUUAAUGAUGAUAAGAAAGUUACUGUGGAUUUUCCGAUAUCAGGCCUACUUUGGGAAGAGGUCUACGAGGGCUUCCUUGUCUCCCUUCCUUUGACACCUGGUGACAAUAAAAUCUUGAUCGAAGGAGUCAAUGAAUGGGCUCCAGAUUUUGUCUGUUUGUCUGUGGAACAAAAGCCAGAGCAAGCCAGUUAACCCUUCACCUCUUCUGUUCCUGACACUGGGAACCACCCACCUUAUGAGUGUUAUUAGUUUUCACAGUCUGUAUAGUUUCUAUUUUUGGGGUACAAAUCAGGUUUUAGACCAUGCAACUCCCUUACUUUUUUCCUCACUUCUGAACAAUUUUUGCUUGAUUCAUUGUUGAAACUUAAGCUCUUGAGCACUUUAAACUUAUAUAGAACAAAAUGUAAGGGAGAG